AAAUUAUGUUCAAGGUCAUAAAUUAACAUCUAUAUGACAGUUAAUCAUUCGCUUGAGGUUACAAACAUAAAUAAGUAAAUAAACAGUUUAAAUAUUGAACAACUGUGAAAUAAACUUACCAAGAAGCUUGUUUGAUAUACACUGAUAAAGAUGGCUGACAUAGAUUGUGCCAUCACUGAAGCCCCUGAAACACCCUCAGAAGAACCACAACCCUCGGCACCUGAAGUUUGCAAACCCCUCGGACCUCCCGGUGGUUCACCACGCCACUACAACAUGGAAAGCACCUCAAUCGACGACGACACCAAAGCGAAACUCAAGGGCGACCAAAUUGGAGACACCAUGUACAACCAAUCUUUUGUCAUCAAAACACUUAUGAGAUUUAAUAACCUUGAAGAAAUCAACUGCAUUUGGGGAGAAGACCUUGAAAAUGAUCUUUGUUUCAUUUGGGAUAUGACUGUGGAAGAAGAUGUCUGCAAAUUCUUGUUUGAAUUGAAUUUUCCAGCCAUUGCAUGCACUGUCCUCAAAGCAGACAUUAACCACAGACUCAUUGAGAUCUUAAUUGGCAUUCUAGGCAAUAUUUGCACACCAGACUCAACGCCAGAAUUAAAAUCCGAACAUUUACCUAUUAUAUUGGAUCAUAUUGAUACUGAUGAUCACUUAAUACUGAUUCAAUUGAUGCGUUUUGUAAAAGUAAUUGCAUUCAAAGCUGAGAAAAUCGAGUUUGCUAAUGUAGAAAUCAUGGAGAAAAUCAUCUUCAUUCUGUAUAAUUCAAUGAACGUUGGAUUAUUAGAGAUUUCACUGGAUGCAGUUGAUAAAAUGACUUCUGAUAAGAAGUUACCCGUUGAAUUUUUACAUGAGAAUUUGUUAGAGGCAUGUUUUACCGCGUUCAAAGUAAUUUACGAUUCGGAAAAUGAUUCAGAAACAGACGCGUACAAAACGGAUGUUGUGAAACGUAACAUGAAUCAUUUAUUGCAAGUUUUAGUAAAUAUGGCGGUGUAUUGUCAAGCGAUUGAAACACCGGCGACGGCAGCUAUUAGACGAAAAGUAGACGAGCAUAAAAUCGUCGUUUUCGGCGAGUUGCAUGAAAUACUCAAAGGUUAUGCGGAUGAAUUUGAUAUUACUGAAGAUGUUGGUUUUGUAUUUCAAUCGAUCGACUAUGUUUUAAGCGCUUUUGGUAUGAAAUGUUACAAAUUAACGGUGGCUAUUAUUAAAAUGGCGGCCAUUUUGAAUCCGAAGAGUGUAACGGAAACAGUCAUGAAUUCUUACGUUGAAUUGAUCAAAGAAUUGUUUUCUAAGCUAGAUGUUAGUGAUGAUGAAUUCAUUACUGCGUUAAAAAGUAAAUGUGAAGAUGAUGAAGAGAAGGAGAAAUUAUUACGAGCGUUGGAUGCUUUACGUGAAUGGAAAUUGGAAUGCGAAGGAUUUGAUUUUGAUGAAAAAGUGCAAAGUAUUGUGGAUAUUUGUUCAGCUGAAGACAGUUAAAUGUUUUUUGUACGCUUAUUUCGGAAUUUAGACGUUCAUUCCUAGCGUUGCGCAAAAUUUGUGAUAUUUAUGAAUUAAAAUACAGCGUAGAGCAUUCACGAAUCUCAAUUUAAUACAUUACCAGUGUCUAUAAAUAGACUUCACUGUUUUAGUUACACAGAGUAGUGUUUACCUUCUUUAAAAUGAUCAAAUUUGAUGUUUUGUGAGUUUUAAGACAAAUUAUUUAACAAUUGCCUUGCAAAAUAUUAUUAGUAGUAAACAUAGACACCAAUUAAAUAUGCACAUCGAACAUUAAACACUAUUUCACAAUUCGCGUAUUGCAAGCAAAACAUAAUUACGAUUGGUACCUGCACGUGUAAAAGGUACUAAUAUUUUUUAUAGAAAACGCUAAAUUCGCCUUUAAUUGUUGGACACACUGUACGAUGUCUCUAAUGUGAAUAAUUGUCGUAAACCACAAUUACCUAACGAAAACAAUUACCCAAAACAGGAAAUAAUUGACGUUUACGUUUAUUUGAAUGUAAUUACGAUGACAUUUUCUAAAAUGGAACAUCUCAAUCGAACCAGCCGAAUGUCGGCGGCAAUUUGGGUUCGGUAAUGUCGAUAAUGAUGAUUUGAUUGCUUUUAAUUGCGCCCAUUGCUCGUUACGCGUUGUUACAUGCGCUUGUACAAUUUUCGCACACACGUAACAUUACCAAAAUAAAUAUCUACGUUUAUUUAUGCAAA